AAAGCACCUAUCCCAUCAUUCCUUGCUGUUUGUGUAGAACGUAAAAGUAACGUACAUUUAUUAUAUGGUAAAAGUAACAAGAUGUCGAAAAGACACCGGAUAGAUGUUGGCGACUCCUCUAAAAGAUCACGGAAUGAAGAUGGGGACAAAGUCAAAGAGGAAAAACCCAAAUCAAUAUUUGAACAAUUCAAUAUACCCAAGCCACAGAUACAAAUGAACCCAUUCACAGGUUUACCUUACUCACCCAGAUACUUUGAAUUGUUUAACAAAAGAAGCAAGCUACCAGUAUGGGAAUACAAAGAGAAAUUCAUGGAUGUUCUGAACAAAAACCAGACCUUGGUCUUGGUGGGAGAGACUGGCUCUGGAAAGACUACACAAAUUCCCCAAUGGUGUCUUGAAUGGGUAAGAGCACGGUUUGCCAAGAAAGGAGUUGCUUGUACACAACCCAGGCGAGUAGCAGCCAUGUCGGUGGCUCAACGUGUGUCGGAGGAGAUGGACGUCGGCCUUGGGCAAGAGGUCGGAUACAGCAUUCGAUUUGAGGAUUGCACUUCAUCAAAAACACUUUUAAAAUAUAUGACAGACGGUAUGUUGUUGAGAGAGGGCAUGUCUGACCCACUGUUGGAAAACUAUGGUAUCAUCAUGCUUGACGAGGCUCACGAGCGUACCCUAGCUACAGAUAUCCUUAUGGGUCUACUGAAGGAAGUCGCCAAGCAGAGAUCAGAUCUCAAAAUUAUCAUCAUGAGUGCUACCUUGGAUGCCGGAAAGUUUCAGAAUUACUUUGACAAUGCCCCCUUGAUGAGUGUGCCCGGACGAACCCACCCUGUAGAAAUCUUCUACACACCAGAGCCAGAGAGGGACUACUUAGAAGCAUCUAUACGGACCGUGGUCCAGAUACAUAUGUGUGAGGAAAAGGAGGGAGAUAUCUUAUUGUUCCUUACUGGACAAGAGGAGAUUGAUGAAGCAUGUAAGCGAAUACAGAGAGAAAUUGAUAAUUUGGGACCAGAAAUAGGAGACAUGAAAUGUAUACCGUUAUAUUCCACACUUCCUCCAAAUCUACAACAAAGAAUAUUUGAGCCUGCACCUCCUAAAAAAGCCAAUGGAGCCAUUGGGAGGAAAGUGGUAGUUUCAACUAAUAUAGCAGAGACCUCCUUAACAAUUGAUGGUGUUGUGUUUGUGAUAGACCCAGGAUUUGCUAAACAAAAGGUGUACAACCCUCGUAUACGAGUGGAAUCACUAUUAGUGACAGCCAUUAGUAAAGCUAGUGCCCAACAGAGGGCAGGACGAGCAGGAAGAACACAGCCAGGAAAAUGCUUCCGUCUCUACACAGAGCGCGCAUACAAGCAGGAAAUGCAAGAAAAUACAUACCCCGAAAUCCUGCGGUCAAAUCUGGGUUCUGUAGUGCUUCAAUUAAAGAAACUUGGUAUUGACGAUUUAGUCCACUUCGACUUUAUGGACCCUCCAGCCCCUGAGACGUUGAUGAGAGCUCUGGAAUUGCUGAAUUACCUCGCAGCCCUAGAUGACGAUGGCGAACUGACAGAGUUAGGAUCCAUGAUGGCGGAGUUCCCUCUUGACCCACAGCUGGCCAAGAUGGUGAUAGCCAGUUGUGACUUUACCUGCUCCAAUGAGAUUUUGUCAAUAACUGCCAUGCUGUCAGUCCCACAGUGUUUUGUGCGACCUACCGAGGCAAAGAAGGCUGCCGAUGAGGCGAAGAUGAGGUUUGCUCACAUUGACGGGGACCACCUCACACUUCUCAACGUAUACCAUGCAUUCAAACAAAGCCAGGAAGAUCCUCAGUGGUGUUAUGACAACUUUGUCAACUUCCGAUCACUGAAGAGUGCCGACAACGUACGGCAGCAGCUGGCCAGGAUCAUGGAUCGAUUCAAUUUACGGAGAUCCAGCACAGACUUCACCAGCCGUGACUACUAUCUCAACAUUAGGAAAGCACUUGUGUCUGGAUUUUUCAUGCAGAUUGCCCAUUUAGAGAGAACUGGACACUACCUUACGGUGAAGGACAGUCAGAUUGUCCAGCUCCAUCCUUCUACCUGCCUUGACCACAAACCAGAGUGGGUCCUUUACAAUGAGUUUGUAUUGACCACCAAGAACUACAUUCGCACCGUGUCGGAUGUCAAACCUGAUUGGUUGAUAGCUGUAGCACCACAAUACUACGACAUGGAAAAUUUCCCACAGUGUGAAGCCCGACGACAAUUAGAGAGAAUUAUUGCUAAAAUGCAGACCAAACAGUACCAAGAAGGGUUUUAGCAAGUCGUCAUCAGUCGUUUUCCAGAUCAUUAUCUAUUCCAAUCGAUACCUCUCAGAGGUCAAUAACUUCUGUGAUCCAUACCAUAAAAGAGAGUUCACAAACAAAACAAUAUGCUAUCACGCAGGAUGUGUACUGGAAACUGUUAUGAUAUUGAUGUUUAUUUUAGAUAUUCUUUAAAAAAAAUAGAAUGUAAAAGAUUCUUUUUAAGAUCAGGAUUGAGAUCAAAAUCAGUGUUGUGCUUUAGUGAAAUGGAGGACACUCGUAUGGAUUUUCAAUGCAAUCAGAAAACUAAUUUUUAAUUUGACAUUUUGCUUAUCCAAACAGAAUCAAUGCAUUAUAAUAUGGAGCAUUUACAAAAAACUCAGAUGAAUCAUAUAUUGUUUUUUUUUUGUUGAAAGAUGUGCUACUAGAAAACCUUUCAGCUCAGAGAAGUGUCGUUUUAUGACACGUAGCUAACUUGUGUUCAUGCUCAUCAUCAUCUAUCAUCUUCAUAAUUAUCAACAUCUUCAUUUGUGUCCUGAAUGGUUAUUUUCAUUGUUGAGUUGUGGUUGUUGUUAAAGUAAAGCUAUCAUUGUUUUGACGUGAUGUAGAAACAGCCAUUAAGCUGAGGAUGUGCUUGCUGGGCCCAGUUGUUCAAAAAGAGAUUAGCUUGAUCACUUGAUAUGUGAAAUUCUCAUUUCUCCUUCACUUCAAAAUCUGUGUAUGUAUAUUCCUUGAAAUAGGCAGACAAGACUGAUGAGGGUCCGUAUAGUUUCAUAAAUUUUUUUCAAAUUAGUUUUACUAGAAACGAUUUAAUCUGGAUUUUUACAUUGUUGUUAAACAGUGAUUAGCCUAAUCUCCUUUUGAACACUGGGACUGAUGUUAACAUUCAUAAUUAGGAAAUUCUAAUUGAUCAUUCAUUACAUGUCAUGCAGAUUUGUCUUGAUGAAUUAUGAUUUUAAUGUAUUAAAAUUUGAAUGGA